AUGUUCAAUGCUCUGAUCCGAACACAUCAUAUCACUUCUCGAAAGAAGGUGACCAAAUUGAAGCAGGCCGCCGAUGCUACACAGGUCUUUGCUAUGCUGAGGAGCGGAAGCUCGCCUGGUAUCAUGUAUGUAGAAGGAGAAGAGAAGGGCGUUCGCCAUUGGGUUGAUACUGUUCAUAAUCUCCGUUACAAGGAUUAUCAGCUAGUUGCUCGUCCUGCUGCCAUUCAGCAUGAAAAUCAGCCGACGAAAGAUUCAGAAGUAAGACCUGGACUCUACGAGACAGAGACGGUGAGCGAUUUCGGCAAACAGCUUCAAGAUCGUGGUGUAUAUGCUUGGUGGCGGAAAGCUAUGGGCUACGCAAAGGACGAGUAG